AUGCAUUCUGAUGAGACGACAAAUGUUAAUAUUCUUCUGUCAAAUUUACGUGCUAAUAAUGAUGAAAAUAUUGUGUUGAUCAAAACUGGUGCUUUGAAUCCUGUUCAUCGUAGUCAUAUAUCGAAUUUAGUUCAAACCAAACAAUAUUUAGAAGAUGUUUAUCAUUUCCAUGUACUCGGUGGUUACAUAUCACCGACACACGAUGAGUAUGUUUAUCUUAAAUUACGCGAUGAUUGGAUAACGGGUGAAUGUCGAAUUGCGAUGUGUGAAAAAGCGAUUGAAGAAGCUGGACAACAAUCGUGGCUAAGUGUCGACAAAGCCGAAUGCAUGGCUAAAGAAUUUGUUGAUCUUAGUAUUGUUUCUUCGAGUCUUCAGAAAUUUAUCAAUGAUAAACUUAAGUUAUCAACACCUAUUCGUGUCAUUUAUGUGUGUGGUCUAGAUUUAUUUAAUCGUUGUGGUGGAUUGCGUUCAUUAAGAUACUCAAAAAUGGGCGUGGCUGUUGUAUAUCGACCUGGUGAACAAGAAACAAUUGUGAAACAGGCAGUUAUCAAAGAUUCAAAUAUAUUUUAUGUACCCAUUAAAGAUGAAAUAAAAUGGACGCUAGAAGAUGUUAGUUCAACAUUAAUCAGAAAAACGUUAAAGAAUAACCAGUCAUGUGAACAUUUAACGUACACAUCCGUUAUCGAUUAUUUAAGAACGAUUCCUAUUAGACCUUUGAAACAUAAAUGCAUUGUAGACGAGAAAGAUGAAUAG